AAGUGAUUAAAAGCCGAACGAGCCGCAGGGGGCCGCUGCGGGGAGGGUCUUCUGGGGCGCCGUGCCCGUGCCCGCCCCAGCCCGGCCGCGGCGUGGGUUCGAGCUGGGCUCGGCGGACUUGGGGGUCCGAGGCAUGAGCGAGGUGGGGGGCGCCGGGGGGCCUCGGUGCCAGGCGGCGCUCGCGGUCCUGGCCUCGCUGUGCCGGGCCCGGCCGCCCCCUCUCGGGCUGGACGUGGAGACUUGUCGGAGCUUCGAGCAGCAGCCCCCGGAGAGAAGUCCAAGCGCCGCCGACGCAGGCACCUCUGUCAGCCUCCUUGCCGUGGUAGUUAUUGUGUGUGGCGUGGCCCUGGUGGCAGUUUUUCUCUUUCUCUUUUGGAAGCUGUGCUGGACGCCCUGGAGGAACAAGGAGGCCUCCAGCCCCUCUUCUGCUAACCCUCAUUUAGAGGUCCUCCAGAGCCCCUGCUUCAGAAGCAACAUGGCGGACAAGCUGAAGGACCCCAGCACCCUGGGCUUCCUGGAGGCAGCUGUGAAGAUCAGCCACACAUCCCCAGAUAUCCCAGCCGAGGUACAGAUGUCAGUGAAGGAGCACAUAAUGCGUCACACACGGCUGCAGCGACAGACCACAGAGCCAGCGUCAUCCACCAGGCACACAUCCUUCAAGCGCCACCUGCCACGGCAGAUGCACGUCUCCAGCGUAGACUACGGCAAUGAGCUGCCACCAGCCGCGGAGCAGCCUACCAGCAUUGGCCGCAUCAAGCCUGAGCUCUACAAGCAGAAGUCGGUGGAUGGGGAGGAUGCCAAGUCAGAGGCUGCCAAGAGCUGCGGGAAGAUCAACUUCAGUCUGCGCUACGAUUAUGAGAGUGAGACCCUGAUUGUGCGCAUCUUGAAAGCCUUUGACCUCCCCGCCAAGGACUUUUGUGGAAGUUCUGACCCUUAUGUCAAGAUCUACCUCCUGCCCGACCGCAAGUGCAAGCUGCAGACCCGGGUGCACCGCAAGACCCUGAACCCCACCUUCGAUGAGAACUUCCACUUCCCUGUGCCCUAUGAGGAACUGGCUGACCGCAAGCUGCACCUCAGUGUCUUUGACUUCGACCGCUUCUCCCGCCACGACAUGAUUGGGGAGGUCAUCCUAGACAACCUCUUUGAAGCUUCUGACCUGUCCAGGGAAACUUCCAUCUGGAAAGACAUCCAGUACGCGACCAGUGAGAGUGUGGACUUGGGGGAGAUCAUGUUCUCCUUAUGCUACCUGCCCACAGCAGGCAGGCUCACCCUCACGGUGAUCAAAUGCCGCAACCUCAAGGCGAUGGACAUCACAGGCUAUUCAGAUCCCUAUGUCAAAGUGUCCCUGCUUUGUGAUGGGCGGAGGCUGAAGAAAAAGAAAACAACCAUAAAGAAGAACACGCUCAAUCCUGUCUACAAUGAGGCCAUCAUCUUUGACAUCCCCCCAGAGAAUAUGGAUCAAGUCAGCCUGCUCAUCUCAGUAAUGGAUUAUGAUCGGGUGGGCCACAAUGAGAUCAUAGGCGUCUGUCGCGUGGGCAUCAAUGCUGAAGGCCUGGGCAGGGACCACUGGAACGAGAUGCUGGCAUACCCUCGGAAGCCCAUCGCACACUGGCACUCCUUGGUGGAGGUAAAGAAAUCCUUCAAAGAGGGAACCCCUCGGUUGUGAUUUCAUUCACGUGGACGCUGUUCGCAGAGAGGCUGCCACCUGGAGUUAGGAUGGCAGGGCCGAGCUGCCAGCUUCGACAGUGAGAGCUCGUGCCCAUCUCCGAAACCACCUCCGACACCAUGAGCUGCACGGCCGAGCCGCACAGACGGGACUCAGUGAUGUUCUUUUUGCACUUGUUCAGCCAUCUAAAUGCAGUGUCGUGCGGUCACCAAGGCAGCCGCUGUCCGUCUGCCACUCCAGUCUUAACUGCUCCUGUGUGUAGGUCAAGACCGAGACACUUGUGUGGUCAGAUCCGUCUUAGUCUUCUCUGUCUUUCAAGGUGAUGUUUUUGUGGUUUUCACUUUGUAUGGGUCUGCUGUCCAGAAAAGAAGAAAAAAACAAAACUAGGAACAAAACAAACAAUGAGUAAGAAACAAAAAGUAGAGAGUCCAGAAGUUGGUUAUAUAAAAUACCGUGUAAAAUAGCAGUCUUUGGGGGAAAGGUAGAUUGAGUUUCUGAAAUUUUGUGUCUCCACCAAGCUCCACGGCCCUGUAGGCGGCGGUGGGGUGGAGCUACGGCGCAUUUCUGGGGCCCUGCAGGAAUGGUCCAACUCAAUCAAGAGCUUGUACAAGGUUAUUACUCUUCGAAGCACUUCACUGGUGUGGCCUAAGCCAAGAUGUGGACUCCUGGUCCCAUGUCAAAGUCACAGGACCUACGCAGUGUUUGUGAACCUCCGGCAGAUACGCAGAGGCCGCCCUUGCUUCCCUUUCUCAUCAGCUUGCCUCAUAGACUAGCAAUGACUUGAUUCCUCUUGGGGCUCAGUCACCUUCUUUCGAGAUGAAUCUGCUGGAACUCACCGCACCAUAUGUUUUCUGAUGUGCCACAGUGAACGAGCACAUUUGUUUGAAAACAAGCUAUUUGUUCUCAAAAAUAACCUUCACUGUAGAGAAAGAGAGGCACAUGUGUUCCACAGUGAUUUCUGCAUUUCAUAUGCCUUCAUCACUCCACCAAGUGUCAAUCAGCUGUUUUACAUGCCUCAACAGAUGAAAGAAAAACUCGGAUACAAUUUGCUUUUGUGAAUGGAGAGCUUUGAAAUCUGAGCCACAGCGUGAGUUGGUCUGUCUGGGAAGAUCUCCUUUGUGGAAACCCAGGCAGCCCAAGCCUACUUUAACCCCACGGACUCUGGGGCAGUGCUCAUCUUAAACUUUAGUUCUAUAAAUCAAUUAGGUACACAGUGUCAUUUGUUUCAGUGGUUGCGAGAGGUUUUGCUCUUGUUUGCUUUUCCUGCAGAUCUCUCACUUAGGCCAAAUUCAGUUUAGGAAAAAAGAAGUUUGAACUAUUGUGUAUUAUAAUAGUGCAUUCCUAUUGAGUGAAUAACGGCCCUCCCAAAAACGCCUAUCACUAGAUUAAUUUGCUCACUUUCAAUCUGUAUGGCCCUGGUAAGUACGAGAAGGGGACUCUUCACUCCAGUCAGUGACCGCUCAGCACCAGUUUCCACCUGUGUACAGGAUUUGCAAGAAGCGAGUGAGUCAGCACUGAGCCCCUUCUUUCAACAAUGGAAAGUCAAGGGCACAAAAGCUAGUCAGCCAUCCUACGUCUUAUUCUUUCUAUACACUACGUGCUAUAGAAGCAGCAACUUUAAAGUAGCAUUCAUUUUAAGCCAGGUUAUCCUGUUUCUCUGCUGAUACAGUGGUAGGUAGUGUCCACCAGCCCUGAAAGCCACCAGAUUGGACAUCAGCUAACAGGAUAUUGUGGCAAAAGAUGUUUCCCACCUAGAAAAGUAAAUGUAGAUAAAUCUACACUGCAUUCUAUACUGAACCUUAGGCCAGGGAUUAAUGCACAGGUAACUUGUCUCCCCUAAUGUCUUGUG